AUGAGUACGACAGGAUCAAGCUCUAUGGCGUCCACGAUCUCAUCGGCCAGUUCGGAAAAGACCACUCCUAAAGGUGGUUUCCAGGAGCUUCAAACAGUUAAGAAGAAGGUUACGGCACCAAAUAAAGGACCACAAAGUGAGAAUGUGAAUAUCGACGAGCUCAUGAAAGCUUUGAAAGUUGUGAGGAAAGCAAAAGAACGUAACGUUAGUACUAAAUCUGAAAAACCACAAGGCGAAAACUGGUCCCUAAAACUCUUUGCUCGGCUCAGACAUAAGAAAUGA